AAAGUACAUGGUGGGAUGGCACGCCACGUCAGUCCACUCCCCAGACGCCACCAUCUCAGCACAGUCCUCGUCGUCGUAGGCGUUGUUGGGCUCGCCUUUUCUCCACUUGCUGAAGGUCGUCAUGGGGGAGCGAUCCACAUGCAGGGUGAGGGAGAAUUGCAUGCCUUUAAGUCCAGGAACGAGGAUCUGAACAGUGCAGGUGUCCUCCACCAAGUGCUCUCCAUACGAUGAGUGUACAGAGUGCGCUGAUUUCUUGAGAUGAUCAGCUCUCCAAUGCGUUCCUUCCCUCCUCUUGACUGCUCUCUGCCCUUCCUGUUAAGUGUGUGGCCAUGGAGGACGGGAAGCCAGUAUGGGCGCCCCACCCAACAGACGGGUUCCAGCUGGGCAUGAUCGUUGACAUAGGAGCCGACGCACUCACCAUCGAGCCGCUGAACCAGAGAGGCAAGACCUUUCUUGCUUCAAUGAGCCAAGUCUUCCCAGCAGAGGACGAUGUCAACAAACAUGUUGAUGACAACUGUUCACUGAUGUACUUGAAUGAAGCCACUCUUCUCAACAACGUCAGAGUGCGAUACAAUAAAGACCACAUUUACACGUAUGUGGCUAACAUCUUGAUAGCUGUGAAUCCGUACUAUGACAUUCCCAAACUCUACGGCCCUGAUGCCAUCAAGUCGUACCAGGGAAAGUCACUGGGCACGCUGCCGCCUCAUGUUUACGCCAUAGCGGACAAAGCCUACAGGGACAUGAAGGUUCUGAAGAUGAGCCAGUCCAUCAUAGUUUCUGGAGAAUCCGGUGCUGGAAAGACUGAAAACACAAAGUUCGUUCUCAGAUAUUUGACCACGACGUACGGCAGUGGCCAAGACAUUGAUGAGAGAAUUGUAGAAGCAAAUCCCCUGCUCGAGGCCUUUGGGAAUGCAAAGACUGUCCGGAAUAAUAACAGUAGUCGAUUUGGGAAGUUUGUGGAAAUCCACUUCAAUCAAAAGAAUGCGGUUGUGGGUGGAUUCGUCUCCCACUACCUGUUAGAGAAGUCGAGGAUCUGCAUGCAAAGUAACGACGAGAGGAACUACCACAUCUUCUACCGGCUGUGUGCUGGGGCCUCUGAGGACAUCAAGAAGAACCUGCACCUGGACUCUCCAGACAGCUUCAGGUACCUCAACCGAGGAUGUACCCGAUACUUUGCCUCUAAAGACUCCGACAAACAAAUCCUGCAGAACCGCAAGAGUCCUGAGCAUGUAAAGGUCGGUGCCCUGAAGGACCCUCUCCUGGACGACCACGGCGACUUCAACAGGAUGUGCGUGGCCAUGAAGAAGAUCGGUCUGGACGAUACUGAGAAGCUGGACCUGUUCAGGGUGGUUGCGGGAGUUCUGCAUCUGGGCAACAUUGACUUUGAAGAAACAGGCAGCUCCUCAGGUGGUUGUGUCCUCAAGAAUCAGUCUGGCCAAACUUUGGAGUACUGUGCUGACCUGCUAGGCCUGGACCAGGACGACCUUCGCGUCAGCCUCACAACCAGAGUCAUGCUCACAACAGCAGGCGGUGCCAAAGGCACAGUUAUCAAGGUACCUCUGAAGGUGGAACAAGCGAACAACGCCCGCGACGCCCUGGCCAAGGCCGUGUACAGCCGCCUCUUUGACCACGUGGUCAAACGAGUAAACCAGUGUUUUCCCUUCGACACGUCCUCCAACUUCAUCGGCGUGCUAGACAUCGCUGGCUUUGAGUAUUUUGAGCAUAACAGCUUUGAGCAGUUCUGCAUCAAUUACUGCAACGAGAAGCUGCAGCAGUUCUUCAACGAGCGCAUUCUGAAGGAGGAGCAAGAACUGUAUCAAAAGGAAGGACUGGGAGUGAAUGAAGUGCAUUAUGUUGACAACCAGGACUGCAUAGAUUUGGUGGAAGCAAAGCUGGUGGGAAUCCUGGACAUUCUGGACGAAGAGAACCGUCUUCCUCAGCCCAGCGACCAACACUUCACGCUGGCUGUUCACGGCAAACACAAAGACCACUUCAGACUGACGGUUCCCAGGAAGUCAAAGUUGACCAUUCACAGGAAUCUUCGUGACAACGAGGGCUUCAUCGUCCGUCACUUUGCUGGAGCAGUUUGCUAUGAAACAACUCGGUUUGUGGAGAAGAACAACGACGCCCUCCACAUGUCCUUGGAGAGCUUGGUCUGUGAAUCGAAAGACAAAUUUGUGCGAGAGCUGUUUGAGAACUCCAACUCCACCAAGGACACCAAGCACAAGUCUGGCAAACUCAGCUUCAUAAGCGUGGGCAACAAGUUCAAGACUCAACUCAACUUGUUGCUGGAGAAGCUCCGCAGCACUGGCUCAAGUUUUAUCCGCUGUGUGAAACCCAACCUGAAGAUGGUGAGCCACCAGUUUGAAGGAGCGCUCAUUCUCUCCCAGCUGCAGUGCUCAGGGAUGGUAUCGGUGCUGGACCUGAUGCAGGGCGGGUUCCCCUCCAGAGCUCCCUUCCAUGAGCUGUACAACAUGUAUAAGCAGUACAUGCCGGAAAAACUUACCCGGCUCAAUCCAAGACUCUUCUGUAAGGCUCUGUUCAAAGCUCUCGGCCUAAAUGACAACGACUUUAAGUUUGGUCUGACCAGAGUGUUCUUCCGCCCAGGGAAGUUCGCAGAGUUCGACCAGAUCAUGAAGUCGGACCCGGAGCACCUGGCGGAGCUGCUGAAGAAAGUCAACCAGUGGCUGGUGUGCAGCCUCUGGAAGAAGGUCCAGUGGUGCUGUCUGUCUGUCAUCAAACUUCGCAAUAAGAUGAGUUACAGAGCUUUGGCCUGCAUUAAGAUUCAGAAGACUGUCCGCAUGUGGUUGUGUAAGAAGAAGCAUAAGCCUCGUAUCGACGGUAUGGUGAAGGUUCAGAACCUGAAGAAACGCAUGGAGCGGUUCAACGAGGUGGUGAACGGACUGCGGGAGGGCAAACAGGAGAUGGCCAAACAGGUGCAGGAGUUGGCUGCUGCCAUAGACGCGCUGUUAGCCAAGAUAAAGUCCACAGUGAUGACCUGGAAGGAGAUUGACACAGAGUACCAGCAACUGGUGAAACGCUCAGAGCAGCUGCUCACCUCCAUGCAAAAGAAGAAGCAGCAGGAGGAGGAGAGUGAGAGACUGAAGCACAUCGAGGAGGAGAUGGAGAAGGAGCGAAAGAGGAGGGAGGAGGAGGAACAGCGGCGCAAGCAGGAGGAGGAUGAGAGGAGACUGAAAGCAGAGAUGGAGCUGAAGAGGAAGCAGGAGGAGGAGGACAGAAAAAAGAGAGACGAGGAAGAGAAAGUGAUACAGGCAGACCUGGAAAUCCAGCUGGCUCUGGAGCGUGAGGAGCAAGUGCAGCGCACCGCCAUAGUGGAGCAGGAGAGGCGAGACAGGGAGCUAGCGAUGAGGAUCGCCCAGAGCGAGGCCGAGCUCAUCACGGAGGAGGGGCAGGUGGACCCCAGUCUGCGAAGUGACGGGUUUCUUUCAGAUCUUCCUAUCUCUACGUCUUCAGCCAAAGCCAUAGGUCCUCAGGUGCAGGCGACCAAAGCUGCCGCGGGUGUGAAAAAGUAUGACCUCAGCAAGUGGAAAUAUGCUGAGCUGCGAGAUGUCAUCAACACGUCCUGCGACAUCGAGCUGCUGGCCGCCUGCAGAGAGGAGUUCCACCGGCGACUGAAGGUCUACCACGCGUGGAAGUCCAAGAACAAGAAACGCAACGAUGACGGCAGCGACCAGAGGGCUCCCAAAUGCGUCACCGACUACGCUGAACAGAACCCGGCUCCUCCGAUGACAGCCCAGCACCAAGAAGUGGCCAUGAACCGUCAACAGCGCUAUUUCCGAAUCCCCUUCAUUCGUCCAGCCGACCAGUACAAGGACCCCCAGAAUAAGAAGAAGGGCUGGUGGUACGCUCACUUUGACGGGCCGUGGAUAGCCAGACAGAUGGAGCUCCACCCAGACAAACGGCCCAUUGUGCUGGUGGCAGGCAAAGACGACAUGGAGAUGUGCGAGCUGAGUCUGGAGGAGACCGGUCUGACGAGAAAACGGGGCGCAGAGAUCCUGCCCAGGCAGUUCGAGGAGAUCUGGGAACGCUGUGACGGGAUUCAAUAUCUCAAGAAGGCCAUUGAGAACAAGCAGGCCCGGCCCACCUACGCUACAGCGAUGCUUCAGAGUCUCCUUAAGUGAACCAGACCGCUCAACGCUGUGACAUGACUGGUGCACAAACAGAACGGGCUCCUGGGGCCCGGGGCAUGAACGACGGAACCACCGGGAAACACUGCAACAUUUCCUGGUGGUUACAUUUUAUUUCACACUUUGUUAGCAUAGCGUUGUAUCUUGUUUCCGGUCUAUACUUGAACGCAACGUCACACUGUGAGGCCUUAAAAUGCAAUAUCACUGCACACCACCAUGAACGUCUUAACCGGUGCAUUGGAAUGUCCACUAUAGAUUUUAUUGCUGUGUGACAAUAGUCAUCUGAAUAUUAAGCCUGUUGUAUAUUAAGCACGAUUUCUCAUUUAGUUAGUAAGAAUCAAACAAGAAUGGAUGAAAGGUAAGAAAGUUUCAUUUAAACUGAGGCAUUAUUGAUAUAGUUCCAUCAAAAACCUUUUUACAAUAGAUGAAUUCACUUGAAGUGCUGAACACCAACCAAGACGUUUUUCCUUCUCGGCUACGUUGUGGCUCUGUCUCCGCUCUCAACUGGUUAAAGGACCUUUUGUAUGGUUACAUAUUUCAUAUGCAGCGAGGGAAAUGUAGACUGUUGUUUUCAUGUUUGCUGUUUUGUGGGUUUGGGGUUGCUUUACAGAUGUUGUAAUUUGUGCGUGUUGUUUGCAUGUGAUGUUUGACGUCGGAGCAGCUCAGCAUCUCUUUUGUCUAACGCUCACUGAAGGGUACAUUUAGCCAUGAUGAACUUUCACAGCUUUGAUGUUUGGUUUUAGUUCUGCCUUUGCACUGAAAUACUGUAGAAAAUAAACACCCGACACCCCCCCA